GGAACACUUCAGAGUUAACUUGACACAAACCCCGUUUAGCAUACUCUCAAGUGUGAUGUACUGAAGGCACUGCACGUGACGUGGCCACGUGACUACCACACUGACCAAUAGCCAGCGGUGGCGGCGUUCUGUUUUUGAGCGUUGACCGUGCACUUGACCAUUCACGUGUCUGUACAUGGUCUGUACUCUGUACCCCGCGGCAUUGAUAGAAACAUCGAUAGAAACCCCACAACGUUAUGCAGAAUGCAGGAAACAAAUACAAUGCAAGACGUACUCAUUCCAAUUUCACCUGAAGUAAAAUUGGGUGUAAGGGUCCAGGUGCAGGUUACGCAUUUUCUGUCCCCUACAAAGUUCUGGGUUAAGAUUGAUGAUGACUCCAUUCAGUCGGAGCCGCUUCCAGAUCUUCAUAUUUCGCCGGCACAUUUCUAUUCUGUCGACAUUGGGACGUUUUGUGUCGCUCACCUCGGCAACUGUAUCGGUGCUGUGCGCGCAUGCGUUCUGGAUGUGGUUAAAGACUGCGGCGACUUGGAUACUAUCGCCGAAGUGUUCUGUGUCGAUUUUGGAUUCACAACUCUUGUCGGCAUGGACCGCUUACACCCCAUUCCUGAAGACCAAGCACAGGUGCCGUGUCAGGCAAUCCCGUGCUGCUUGAGACGUCUCACGGCUACUGCUAAAGGUCUUUGGGAGGGUUGGCGCCCUUCUCGAGGUGCGAAGUUCGAAGCGGUCUUCCACUGUGUGUCUGCCGUGGGGACAUACCACGUUGACCUAUUAACGGUCUACGAAACCAAGGACGGCGCCCUAAGGGUCAACGUUGCAGAAGACUUGGAACGCAAAGGGCAGGCCGAUAUGAUUACAUACCCCUUCAAAGCCAGGACUGAUCCAAUUCCUAGCAGCAUGUGCGAUACACAGCCUAUUUCGGAGCAGCAAACGAGCUCUGAAAGCAAUGAAUCAUCUGAUGUUCCACCUGCUUGCAUUCCAGCAGGUUCAAUAGUAAACAUCAAGGUGACCUACGUCCUGACACCGCAGCAUUGGUACGGACAGUGGCUUCCAUUGACAGAUGAGCUAAACAAACUUGAAUCUCUACUGUACGAAUAUGAAGACAUCCCCGCACUGCCUCAUGAAGUCAAUCGCGGAUCACACUGGGUCUUGAGAGAACCCAGAAAAUCCCGUGGGUUCCGUGUGGCCGUUGAAAGGUGCCCUGGUGUUACAACAGAGAUGGCAAACGUACAGGUCUUCUACAUAGACUAUGGUAACCGAAAGACUGUUCCGGUGAACUGUCUGCUGCGGAUGAAGCCAGCUGUCGUGCAGUUCCCCGCAAUGGCAUCGCGUUACUGCCUCGAUUCUGUACAGCCCGUUGGAAGGGUGUGGAGGAAAGAGGCCCUGAGGGAUUUCGAGGACCUCGUGUACACUGAGCAGCCCUUAACUGCCCAGAUCGUCCAAAAGACUUGCAGCGACACAGUUGUCCUUAACGUGAAACUGUGGAACAAGACAGUGGAUGUGGAGGUGGGCCAGGCCCUCGUGAGCAGAGGCUACGCUGCACGACACAGCAUGUUUCCUACGAGGUUUGUGCUGGCCGAAACCAGAAGGGAAUCCUUGGAGAAGGAUGAAGUCAUGUGGGUAGACAAUGAAGCGUGGAUGGAAUUCGACAUUAAUACAGCCUCCAAUAAAGUGGCACGUGGAGGCCUAAAAAGGAAGGUCCACUUGCAUCUUCCUCCUCAGCUUGAAAUGCCCGGAGACGGACAGAAGGUACUUGUGCAGGUAUCCGCGGCGUGUAGCCCCGGGGCUUUUUAUGUCAUCCUUCCCUAUGGGGUGCAGAACGUAGAUCAGCUGGUUGGUGGAGUAUCCGAGAAAGGAACUUGCCCAAACUUGCGCAUGCUGUGCAACAAACUGGAUGAACAUUAUGGCAGAACCACACCUGACAAGCUCCAGAGCAUCUUCCAAGACGAAAUCGUGGCAGCCCUCGAGCGAAAGAGAAACUGCUGGCACAGAGCUAGAGUGACCAACAUCAGAGGAACUACCCUGGAAGUGCUCUUUGUUGACUUUGGGUUCAAAAGGAACGUUGACCUGCAGGAUGUUCGGGAACUGACACCAGAAUUCUUGCAGCUGCCUUUCCAAGCUGUCAAGUGCCACAUGCAUGGCCUUCAACCGAGGUGCUCUCCAGGUGCCAAAAUGUGGAGCAACCAGUCUCAUCAAGCAUUUGUGGGGUUGGUGUCCAGGCAGGUCCUUCUGUGCGAGGUCGUAAAGGCAUUCUCGGAGCUGUUGCAAGUCAGGUUGUUUGUCUUGCAUCAAGGCAGGCUCCAGUCUGUGGGGGACAGUCUGGUGAUUGAUGGGCAUGCGCAAUACUGCCUGAGGACCCACACUAAUGCUCCAUUACCAGCAGAAUAAUAAGUUUCCAACUAAUGCACACUGUUCUUUGCACCGCAGCUACACCACUUUCAAGAAAGUGUUUCACCUGUUCACUGCCACUAGCAUUGGAUUAGGAGAAGUUAAUAUUUAUAAUAUGUAUGCAAAAAUAAAUGUUUAUAUAUGUGUACAAAUAGAUAAAAAUAAUAAUGUGGGCAUUAUUAUUUCUGCAGUGAACUGUGAUUAUUGCAGUGGUGUGUUCUAAUUCAUUGCUUUGUAGUAUUGUACUAUAAAACAGUGAACAGAAAUG